UAGACUCUUCACCAAGAAACCAACCCCUCUUCACUACUCUCUAUUCUUUUCUUCUCCAACAGGGUUGCUCUAUAAACUCUUUCUUCUCCCCCGCUUUCUCUCUCCUCUCUCACUGUAAACUCUCCCAAAACCUCAAAACCCAGCAACCAUGGGUCAAGGACCAUCAGGUCUGAACCGCCCACCAAACUCCGGCGACAAAAACCAAAACUCCGAUAAGAAAGACAAGAAAUUCGAACCUGCCGCACCCCCUGCUCGCGUCGGCCGCAAGCAGCGCAAGCAACGCGGCCCAGAUGCCGCCGCACGGGUGCCCGUCGUCACCCCACAUACCAAGUGCAAGUUACGGCUCCUAAAGCUCGAGAGAGUGAAGGAUUACUUGUUAAUGGAGGAAGAGUUUGUUGCAAAUCAAGAAAGAUUGAAACCCCAGGAAGAAAAAACUGAGGAAGAUCGAUCUAAGGUUGAUGACAUUCGUGGGUCCCCCAUGAGUGUUGGGAAUUUGGAGGAGUUGAUUGAUGAGAAUCAUGCCAUUGUUAGUUCUUCUGUAGGGCCUGAGUAUUAUGUGGGGAUUAUGUCUUUCGUUGAUAAGGAUCAAUUGGAGCCCGGCUGCUCGAUUUUGAUGCACAAUAAGGUCCUUUCAGUUGUUGGAAUUCUCCAAGAUGAGGUGGAUCCGAUGGUAUCUGUGAUGAAAGUCGAAAAAGCUCCGUUGGAGUCGUAUGCUGACAUUGGUGGGUUAGACCCCCAGAUCCAGGAAAUAAAAGAAGCAGUAGAACUUCCUCUUACUCAUCCUGAAUUGUAUGAAGACAUUGGAAUUAAGCCUCCUAAGGGGGUUAUACUGUAUGGUGAGCCCGGCACAGGGAAGACUUUGCUGGCCAAGGCUGUAGCAAAUUCAACUUCAGCUACCUUUUUGCGCGUUGUUGGAAGUGAAUUGAUUCAGAAAUACUUGGGUGAUGGUCCCAAGUUAGUGAGAGAACUAUUCAGGGUUGCAGAUGAGCUUUCACCAUCAAUUGUCUUCAUUGAUGAAAUUGAUGCGGUGGGCACAAAGAGGUAUGAUGCUCACUCAGGUGGUGAGCGUGAGAUUCAGAGGACUAUGUUGGAGUUGCUGAACCAAUUAGAUGGCUUCGAUUCUAGAGGAGAUGUGAAGGUCAUACUUGCAACUAACAAGAUUGAAAGUCUUGACCCAGCUUUGCUUCGUCCUGGGAGAAUUGAUAGAAAGAUUGAGUUUCCUCUGCCAGAUAUUAAGACCAGGAGGCGCAUUUUUACGAUCCAUACAUCAAAGAUGACAUUGGCUGAAGAUGUCAAUUUAGAAGAAUUCGUGAUGACAAAGGAUGAGUUUUCUGGAGCAGACAUUAAAGCAAUCUGCACAGAAGCCGGAUUACUUGCUUUAAGAGAGAGGCGUAUGAAGGUAACUCAUGUCGACUUUAAGAAAGCCAAGGAAAAGGUGAUGUACAAGAAGAAAGAAGGUGUUCCAGAAGGGCUUUACAUGUAGAAUUGUUGCCGGAAAUAUUUAUUUCACAACCUCUUUGGUAUACCUGGUUGUUAUCAUUUUUUCAUAUUUGUCCCACCUUUCUAAUUUUUUUUUUUUUCUUAAUACCUUCAGUAUUUUUUAAUAGAUGAUCAACACUGUGUUCCUUUUUAUUUAGAUUAAUGUGACAUUCUUGAAUCUGUUGAUCACCACACCAUUUCAACUGUACAAAUUUUACUGUAUUGAUUUCUGAGUAUUCAAUUGUUCAGUUACUGUCA